GGCACGGAGCCCCGCCCCUUCCGCUCCUCGGCCUGACCUUCCUGCUGCCGGGCCGCGCGCAGGCGACAUUACCGCGUCCUCCCCCCGACAGCGCCCUCGGACACCAUGGUGGCCUACUGGAGGCAGGCUGGCCUCAGCUACAUCCGCUACUCCCAGAUCUGUGCCAAGGCGGUGCGGGACGCGCUGAAGACCGAGUUCAAGGCCAACGCCGAGAAGACCUCAGGCAGCAGCGUCAAGAUCGUGAAGGUGAAGAAGGAAUGAGGACCCUGGCCGGAGCCUGAGAGGCCGUGUUUUUCACGGUGAAGAUGUGAGGGCACGUGUCCCGCGGAGGGGAAGGCCUCUCCCUCCUGGAAGAAAAAAAGAAAAAUGCCUGUCUUGUUCGCAGAUUGACAGCUGACAAUAAAUCAGCAUGGUUCUCUGUCUCA